GGGCGGGCGAACUCUUUAGAUUUCAGCGUCACUUCCUGGCUCUCAGAUUGAGUUGCCUGCCCAGCGCACACUUCUGCUUGCAGCCUCAGCGUCGCCGCCUGUCUCUCCUCAGAUUGAGUCCGUGUCCCCCUGGCCGCGGUCUACACCGCUUGGUCCCCACCAACCCAGCUCGCCCAAAGCCCAGCGUCCUCCGCCCACGUCAGCAUAGCUCGGAGCCUGGGGUCAGGAAGUCGGCGAAGGCUAAGAUGCCCAGGAAACCUGUAAUAGAAAAGGGAUCUCAGACAAACCUUAAGGAUCCAGUGGAGAAUGCAGUGACAUAUGAUGAUGUAGUGGUGAAUUUUACUCGGGAAGAGUGGGCAUUGCUGGAUCCUUCCCAGAAGAGUCUCUACAAAGAUGUGAUGCUAGAGACCUAUAGGAACCUCUCUGUAAUAGGCUAUAAGUGGGAAGAUCACAAUAUUGAAGAACAUUCUGAAAAUUAUGGAAGACAUAACAGGCAUCUUCAAAGUGAUGAACCGAUUAAUACUGGAGAGAAACCUUAUGAAUGUAUGCAAUAUGGUGGAGCCAUUGCAAGAAACAAUCAUCUUCAUAUACAUAAAAGCACGGGUACUGGAUGCUUUGUGUAUUAUACUGGUCUUCAGAUACAGAGAAGAACACACUCUGUAGAAAAGCUGUAUGAUUGUAGCCAAUGUGGUAAAGUCUUUUAUUGUCAAAGUCUUCUUCAAAAGCAUAAAAAAACACAUACUGGAGAGAAGCCCUAUGUAUGUAACCAUUGUAAUAAAGCCUUUGCAGAUCGCCAUGCUCUUCAGAGGCAUAAAAGAAAACAUACUGGAGAGAAACCUUAUGAAUGUGACCACUGUGGUAAAGCCUUUGCAUAUCAGACCAAUCUUCAAAUACAUAAAAGGACACAUACUGGAGAGAAACCAUAUGAAUGUAACCAAUGUGCCAAAGCCUUUACACGACUCAGUCAUCUUCAAAGGCAUAAAAGAACACAUACUGGAGAGAAACCCUAUGAAUGUAACUACUGUGGUAAAGCCUUUGCAGCUUGCUAUGCUCUUCAAAUACAUAAAAGAACACAUACUGGAGAGAAACCUUAUGUAUGUAACCAAUGUGGCAAAGCCUUUGCUCAAGACAGUAAUCUUCAAACACAUAGAAGAACACAUACUGGAGAGAAACCCUAUGAGUGUAACCAAUGUAGCAAAGCCUUUGCACAAUACAAUCAGCUUCAAGUACAUAAGAUAAGACAUACUGGAGAGAAACCCUAUGAAUGUAACCAGUGUGGCAAAGCCUUUAAACAAUACAAUAGUCUUCAAAUACAUAGAAGAACACAUUCUGGAGAGAAACCCUAUGAGUGUAAACAAUGUAGCAAAGCCUUUGUAAGCUAUGGUUGUCUUCAAGUACAUAGAAGAAAACAUACGGGUGAGAAACUCUAUGAGUGUAACCAAUGUGGCAAAGCCUUUGCAAACUAUGGUUAUCUUCAGAUACAUAGAAGAACACAUACUGGAGAGAAACCCUAUGAAUGUGACCAAUGUGGCAAAGCCUUUGUAAGCUCUGGUUGCCUUCGAUCACAUAGAAGAACACAUACUGGAGAGAAACCCUAUGAAUGUGACCAAUGUGGCAAAGCCUUUGUAAGCUCUGGUUGCCUUCGAUCACAUAGAAGAACACAUACUGGAGAGAAACCCUAUGAAUGUGACCAAUGUGGCAAAGCCUUUGUAAGCUCUGGUUGCCUUCGAGUACAUAGAAGAACACAUACCGGAGAGAAACCCUAUGAAUGUGACCAAUGUGACAAAGCUUUUGCAAGCUAUCAUUAUCUUCAAGAACAUAAAAGAACACAUACUGGAGAGAAACCCUAUAAAUGUGACCACUGUGGUAAAAGCUUUACAUAUAUCAGUAAUUUUCAAAGACAUAAAAGAACACAUACUGGAGAGAAACCUUAUGAAUGUAACCAAUGUGGUAAACGCUUUGAAUAUAAUGCCCCCCUUCAAAAACAUAAAAGAAUACAUAAUGGAGAAAAACCCUAUGAAUGUAACCAAUGUGACAAAGCCUUUACAAGCUAUUAUUAUCUUCAAGUACAUAGAAGAACACAUACUUGAGAGAAACCCUCAAUGAAUGUGACCAAUGUGGUAAAAGCUUUUCAUAUAUCAGCAAUCUUCAAAGACAUAAAAGAAAACAUAGUAGAGAGAGACGUUAUGAAUGUAACCAGUGUGGCAAAGCCUUUGCACAAGACAAUCAUCUUCAAGUACAUAGAAGAAACUGGAGAGAAACCAUCUUAAUGUCACCAAUGUGGUAAAGCUUUUACAGGCCGCAGACAUCUUCAAAGGCAUAAAAGAACAAAUAUUGGAGAGAAGCCCUGAUAAUGUAAUAAAUGUGGUAGAACCUUUGCAUGUUAUGGUGGUUUAAAGGGGAAUUUUAGAAACACAUUCUUGAGAGAACUCUAUAAAUGUAAUCAAUUUAAUAUAGCCUUUUCAAACAGUCACCUUCUAUGGCAUGAUGUGUGUGUUUGAGUCUUUUACCUGUUCUUGAGAUACUUUUCCUUCUAAUUAAUUGCCUUGCCAGCUUUGGUAUGAUCAGUUGUGCCUAUUUUUAUUGAUAU